AUGACCAAGAACUGCACUGCUGAUUUCAAGCUCAUCAUCAAGCACACCGACAAGGUGUUGAUGAAGGGUACUGACGCCGAGAAGCUUGAGCUCAAGACCAAGUUUGCUGUCCCCGACUACUCCGACAAGCACUUCGCCAAGUACAUUUCCGACUGGGUCAGCAUUGCCCAGGGCCAGCAGGUUUACCAACCCACCAGCAACCUCGAUGCUGUUUGUGAUUACAUGGAGAACCAAUUGCCCACCAGCACUGUCCCCAAGCCUGGUGCCGAAGGUGUCGGUCUUGAGCUUGCUCUUGAUGGUCUGGCCAGAGCUUAUGCUUGGAUGAACGAGAAGGGUAUCUUCCCUGCUGACGAUGUCGAGGCCGAGGUCAACCCUUGGUACUGGUUCCUCUGCAACGAGCCUUUUGAGUGGUGGCAAUCAUGGGACCGUUUCGAUAAGACUGGCUUCUUCUCUCGCGUCUACGACUGGAAGGACGACAUUAGACUGACUUGCGAUGGUCAGUUCCCCGACAAGAACGGUCACCAGUACGCUCUCAAGACUGGAC